GCCGGCACUGGCGAACAUGGGCAGGAGACGGCAGGGUGGUUUUGUGCUGUGGGCGGCAUGCGGCUCGAUGGCGGCCCUCUUGCUCCUGUCCUCCCACACAGUUCAGCGCCUCCGCACAUCUAGCAGCAAGUCUGUGCUAGACAGCAUGUCUAGCAAGGAUGUCGUUGGCGUUCCGGUGAGGAAUGAGAAGGAACUAGACCAAGUCAUUGAGCAUGCGGAGGCAUACGCGAGCAGGAGAUCGAUUGAACAGGUCGGAACGUCCCUGAGGACCUCAUUGCAACCAUCAUUGACAACGUUGGAGAAUGAUUACAUGGCUCUGUUCUCCAGUCAGGCGUUCGAUUACAUGUCCUCGCAUUGCUGCAAAACGCUUUACUUCCCCCCGGACGCAGAGGAUGUGCUGCCCACUACGCUGAGUACGAAUGGAAUGGAUUCCCAGAAACUGAGAGAUUUUGUUGGCAAGGGCAACACUUUGGUGUUCAACGGUGCCUCUUCGAGGACGAUACAGUUUUUGAAUCAGUAUUUUGGGUACCAAAUUGAAUCCAAUCCAAUCCAGAGUGACUUCAGCAAAAGGGAGUCUUACACCGUUGCAGGAGAUCCAUCCACACCAUCGGCAUACUUUGAAGCCAUUGAUGAAGCCAUGCCUGCCAAGCUGAAACAGACACCGGGCAUGGUUGGAGUUGAUACCUCAACUCUCCCAGCUGCAACUGCCGUUGUCUACAACAACUUCCCAAGGCGCUCUUCCUUCUUAAGUACUGUCAGAUUCCAAAUCCAUAUUCUCAAGAUGGCUCUCGACUUUCCUUGUCGGCUGUUGACUGCAGUGCUGCGCAGAGGGAGUACGGUACUCCGUGCGAGUGCGGGCAUAUAGUCUUCAUUGGCUGGGAUUGGAAAUCUGCCCAGGAGAAUCUUUGGGAGCAUAGCCUGGUAAAUGCUCAGGUUCUUGCAGAAUACUUCGGACAGGGAACCCAGGAGAAGCAUGCUUUAGUCUCUCACCUCACCUCAACUCCAGAUAAAGCGACUCCAGCUACUGUUGUUGAUCGUGCUCCACAGGGCCUGCCGAGCUGGGGCAUGGACCCGAUAGGACGGGACAUCGUGCCUGAGUUUGAUGUCCAGAAUGAGAAUCUGGAGUUCUGGAGCCGCGACGGGGG